UGUUUUAAUGUUAACAUCUCAAGUAGCCUACCAGUAACAUCUUGUUGGAUAUCUAGCUUUUCAUUUUAACAUCUAACAUAACUAACACAAUGUUCAGUAAAAGGAACAGGGCCUGUGCCAGCCAGAUCCCUACAACUGAGAAAGGUGGGAUGGCACCGCCCCAAGUUAGUGAAGAUGAAAUAGUUACAACGGUGAGAGAUUUUUUGAACGGUCAUCUCAGGAUGGAGGAGACCGAAAAUAGGAUUGAAAUGAAAUAUGGCAUUGUGAAUGAUGAUGAUAAUUUGUGGCCUAAGGCCGAUUUGCAGCGAGCAUGGGGGAAAAUGCAACGUCUAUCCGAUAGAAAUAAGCUGCCAUUGUCUUUAGUCAUCUUGAAUCAAGCCAUGCUUAGGCGCGAGGCUGCCGAGAAGAAGGAGGCGGCAGAAAGGGUUGAUGCGCUCAAGAGAGAAUUGUCUGAGCUUAAGGCUGAAAUAUCUGCUUUAGCAGAGAAGGAGAACUCGCUAAAGGCGGAGAAGGCUCAGGAUGAAAUAAGGAGUGCCCAAUGCGCGAGAUCUGAGCCGAUGCCAACUUGUUUAAAUGAACAAAUUCUGCCGGUUACAAACCACAUCCAAUCUGUUUGUGAUGUUGAAGGCGAGGAAAUGAUCUUUAACAAGAUACAACAUGUGACCACUUCUGUUGAGCCUGCUAAAAUGUGGAUUGGGCAAGCAUGUCAGACGCUGCCUAAAAUGGAUAGCCUGGGUUUUACUGCAGCUGUUUGUGCAGAGGUUGGCAGGGUGCUGGGCACCCAAUGGCCGUCCCAUGGUUUUCAUCACCCACAAUCCUUUACAGGAGUUGAGAGAAUGAAUCAUUUUUUGAAGGAAAGUUAUGAUAAAGGCCACCAGGAAGGUUUUCCUUGGUUUGUGCCAUUGCCACCGGUCGUGUGCAGUAUGAGUCCUACCAACAACAAAGAGACAGGACUUGGCCCGCUUGAAGUUGUGACUGGAAAACCUAUGUCUUCACUUGUUUUGUGUACUGCGAUUGUACAUUUGGGAUCAGAUGCUUUGAGUGCAUAUUGUUCUGAAUUGGCUAAAACAUUCAAAACAGCAGGCCAUCAGUUGACAAUGGAGUGUCACAAGCAUCUUGACGGGGGACACUCCCUACCUGGCCAUUGGGCGAUGAUUAACAACCCACUCAGUGUAGUCUUUGAAGCUAAUUGGGAAGGGCCAUUCCACACGUUGUUAGCAACUGAUGCCGUCUCAGACGACCAUGGCUAAACCUUGAGUCCUGUCCUAGAAA